CCAACAUUGUCGUCAGAUAACUGUUUACAAAUGGCCACUUUUGAGAGUUACACCAUCAUCAAAAUGAACAGUCACACGAUGCCAACUUUCUUUACAAUCACUUAAGGGAUAUUUUACUAUUGAAUUAGUUAGGAUUAGCAAUCAAAAUAACUUCCACUAUGAGUACUCAGCCUUUAUCAAAUGGGGGCUUACAGGCAGCAGCAUUUGAAAUGUUAUUAGAUGCAAUUGGGAAAAACUUAAGUUCCGUGAUACAACAGUUAUUAAAUAGUUAUCCAAAUCUGAUCCACCUUAAAGGUAUUUCCCACCCUAAACUCUUUCACUGCUGAAUUUUUUAAAUGAAAAACUUGAUAUUAUUUUCAAAGAGCCAAAAAGAGUGAUAGGUUGGGUUUACUAGAAAAUAUUUAAAAUAUUAUUUUUUUGGUUUAUAAGGCUAAAUUUGGUAUGACAUGAAAGAUAACUCAACUCAUCUAAAACUGCUAAUUUCGGAAUCAUGUGAUCAAUCUAAAUCAGCGGUUCUCAAUCUGUGGGUUAUGACCCCUUAGGGGGGUCGAACAUCCCUUAUACAGAGGUUGCCAAAGACCAUCGGAAAACACAUAUUUAUGAAAUAGCAACGAAAAUAAAUUGAUGGUUGGGGGUCACCACAACAUGGGCAAUCGUAUUAGAAGGUUGCAGCAUUAGGAAGGUUGAGAACCAGUGAUCUAAAUCAUCUUUACUAUCAAUAGAAAUAGUAUAAAUUAUUUCCAAACCUUGUUGAGCGUCUUGGAAACUUACCUCAAUAGGGCCUUAGUAGCCAUAGCAACAGUAUGAAUAAAGAAAAGAAAAACAGCAAAGAAUAUUAAUAUUAAUAAAAUAGAUCUUCAAAUGACAACUAAUAAACCUUGCUUUCAGUCAUAAACAAUGAAGUAGCACUCUUCUUCUUAAAAUUCUAAUUAAAUAAUAGCUCUUAAAAAUGUUAACAAAGAAAUUGUAAAGAAACAAUAAUGAUAGUGAAACAACACACAGUGCAUUGGACUGUGCUUUUUAGGCUCGCAACAAAAGAGUUAAAAAACUGAGAGAUGAGGGUCAGGGCAUUAGAUGAUCAUUCUUGGCAUGCUGCUUUGCUGCUCAGCCCAGUUUUAAGAACAUUGAGCUUAUAGUACAUUUGGUGGGAUGAUAAAGAGAUUGUCAACUGUUCAUUUUAUUUAUGACUUGAAAAUUUUAAAUCACUAUUUAUAUUUAAUUUUUACCACAAAAAAAAUGGAAUUUAUAUUUAGCAAUAAUAGUUCAACAAAUCCACUAUGCAUUAGUGUUGGUUAUUUUUCAGGUUGGCAUGGAAUUAGUCCUCUGCAUAAAGCAUGUCUGAUUGGUGACUAUAACAUAGUUCUGAUGCUAAUUCAAGCCAACUCUGAUGUCAAUUGCCUUACUGACCAUCAAGAGACUCCACUUCAUUAUGCCAGCAAAAGGGGUCUUCCUUCAGUGGUUCACCUCUUGGUGCAAUGUGGAGCACGCAUUCAAGCACUAGAUAAUGCUGGAAGAAAUGCUUUACACCAUGCUGCAGAAAGUGGUUCAGUGUGAGUACAUUAAACUUAAAGUUGAUAUCUUUGUUUUAAAAUGGUAAAAAAAUCAUCUAAAAUUAUCAAUAAACUAAUUUCCCCCAGAGAUUAGCAAUAUAUUUGUAUAUCCUUUGCUUGUAAUGGGUUUUUAUAUCAGUUAUAAGAAGUAAUGAAGAGGGUGAUAUGAGUUUAUUGUAAUAUAAUUACAUGUCAUCAUUUCACACACUGUACUGAUUACCCGGGUUACAUUUUAUUAUUGUACCGACAGUCAGCUUUGGGAAAUAGUAACAUCUAAUGGUAGAAUUCAAAUGAUACGGUUAUUGACAAUAAAUUAGAGGUAUACCUAACGGUUGUGGGUUCAACCUUAGUUAGACACAUUGAUUGCAUUAGUUAAACAUAUAGGUGGCCUUAGUUAGAAAUAUAGAUGGCCUUUUUGGAUAUUUGGAUGGCCUUAGUUAGACAUAUGGGUGGCCUUAGUUAGACAUGUUGAUGGCCCUAGUUAGACAUAUUGAUGGCCUUAGUUAGUUUUAAAUGUGAAGGAUCUUCGCAAAAGUUAAUUGUCAUUGGAAAUGUUAAUAUAUCCAUGAAGCUAUUGUAAUGUCAGGUUACAUCUCUAUAUUGUACUGUCAGGUGACAUCUCUAUGUUGAAAUGGUGGAUUAAAUCUCUAUAUUGUAAUGUCAGGUGACAUCUCUAUAUUGUACUGUCAGGUUACAGCUCUAUAUUGUAAUGGUGGAUUAAAUCUCUAUAUUGUAAUGUCAGGUUACAUCUCUAUAUUGUAAUGUCAGGUUACAUCUCUAUAUUGUUCCAAAAUAAUUCCAAAUGUGUUAUGCCUACAAUGGUUGCAAAUGUGUUAUGCCUCCAAUGGUUCCAAAUGUAUUAUGCCUGCAAUGGUUGCAAAUGUGUUAUGCCUGCAAUGGUUCCAAAUGUGUUAUGCCUCCAAUGGUUCCAAAUGUGUUAUGCCUCCAAUGGUUCCAAAUGUGUUAUGCCUGCAAUGGUUGCAAAUGUGUUAUGCCUGCAAUGGUUCCAAAUGUGUUAUGCCUACAAUGGUUGCAAAUGUGUUAUGCCUACAAUGGUUGCAAAUGUGUUAUGCCUACACAAUGGUUCCAAAUGUGUUAUGCCUACAAUGGUUCCAAAUGUGUUAUGCCUACACAAUGGUUCCAAAUGUGUUAUGCCUACAAUGGUUUCAAAUAUGUUAUGCCUACAAUGGUUCCAAAUGUGUUUUGCCUACAAUGGUUUCAAAUAUGUUAUGCCUACAAUGGUUCCAAAUGUGUUAUGCCUACAAUGGUUCCAAAUGUGUUAUGCCUACACAAUGGUUCCAAAUGUGUUAUGCCUACAAUGGUUCCAAAUGUGUUAUGCCUCCAAUGGUUCCAAAUGUGUUAUGCCUACAAUGGUUCCAAAUGCGUUAAUUUCAAAAUAAAGUACUUUAAGUUCAGUAGCUGAAAAACAAAUUAAAUGAAAGUGUUAACAAAAAUAAAAUAUUCCUAUCAACAUGCUGCUUCAUGCUCAACAAGAUAUAUUUGUUUCUAUUUAGGAUGUAGAUAACUUCAGGAGACUCUUCUAUUUCCCUUUCUUUCACAACCCUAUGAUUUUUGUAGAACUUAGAAAUAACUUUGACCAAUCACAGAAAGAAGAGCAAUUUGUUGUCAUUUAGAAUACUCACUUCAUUAACCAAACAAGUCCUAAUAACUUUAUUUUUUAUUUUAACACCAAUAUUAUUUCAACAUUGGAAGCAAAAAAAGAUGAAAUAAAAAAUUAAGUUGAAAAAAUAUGAUUAAUUAGAUCUAAUUCACUGUUACCCUCUUUGUUUUUUUGGUAAUCUGUUUCCCUCUUUGUAUUGGUAAUUUUAGCAGCAACAGAAAAAACAUGAUACAAUGCCAAUAAUGAAUAAUUAUUAUUAUUAUUGGUGGUUUUAUAUAGUGCGGUACCCCAGCCUAGGGCUGGGCUCACCACGCUGUACAUACAAUUGAACAAACAUCAUCAUGAACUUAAAACUUAACAAACAUUAAUGAAAUAAAGCAAAACAAAUGUAGAUUCACUCCAGACAGGUCCAGAACUGUUGACAUGUCAGUCGGGAUUGUAGAGUUUAAAGAGAUGUGUUUUCAGUGCAGUUUUGAAGACUGUGAUGGUCGGUAUAUUGCGAAUGUGUAGUGGGAGAGAAUUCCAUUGUUUUGGGGCACAAGUGUAAUACAGAAAGGCCUACAACAAUGCCAAUAAUGACUAAUGUCUGCUAUUGGUAUGUCACAAGUGUCAUACAGAAAGGCCAAUAUUUUGUACUUUCGAAUAUUUAAAUUUACCAACAAUUAACAAACAAUUUAAAAUUACUUUUGUAAUGUAGAUAUAUCCUCUCUCAGGUUUUAUGAUUUGUAUUCCGUGAGCUCAAGGACCAUCAUCUAACUUGACUUUUUAUUUACCUUGUACUCUACUCUCUCCAUUUUGGUGCACCUAGGCAGGUGAUGAAGUAUUUUGAAGAAGCUUUUGAGGUAAACAUGAGAGAGCAGGAUAAGAAGCUCCAGACACCUAUGCACAUCACAUGCCGUCAUGGCCACCUGGAUCUCUUCUAUUUUCUCAUGCAGAAGGGGGUGAGCUUUUGACAAAGAACUUUCUGUUUGGUGGGAAAAACAUGACUUUAAAGGGAGAUCAUUUGAAUAUCACCAUUAAGGAGGAAGUACUGAACUUAAGUUUAAUUCAUGCAGUAUUCUAGACUUGUUGCAUACUGUUUCUAGACUUGUUGUGCGCCCUUUCUAGACUUGAUGUUUACCAUUUCUAGACUUGUUGUAUACCAUUUCUAGAAUUGUUGUGCACCAUUUCUAGACUUGUUGUAUACCAUUUCUAGACUUUUUGUAUACCAUUUCUAGACUUGUUGUACGCCAUUUCUAGACUUGAUGUUUGCCAAUUCUAGAAUUGUUGUAUACCAUUUUAACCAACUGUUUACAAUCCAUUGAGCAAACAAGUUAUGUCAUUAAAAAAAUAUUUGUAAAAAAGACUUUGCUACGUCUUAACAUGACCGGUAUAGAAUUUCUACAAUUUUACUUUAGAGAACAGACCUUCGCCAGGCUGAUUCUGAAGGCAACCUUCCACUUCACAUAGCAUGUAAAAAUGGGUUCGGUCACAUGGCAUGGUCAAUGUUGUGCAUACUUGGAGUUGGUUCACUCCAUCUCAGAAACAACGACGGCUACACACCGUUAGAUCUAGCCUUGCAAGGAGACUCAUUUGGGUAAGAAGUUAAACUUACUUGUGUCAUUGAAUUGUUUUACAGAUUUGACUGAACACUAUGGAAAUAGGAAAAGGGGGCUGUCUUUAUGUGUUGUCAGCAUGCAAAGCCGAGGGCUGUCUUUAUGAGUUGUCAGUGUGCAAAGCCAAGGGCUGUCUUUAUGUUUUGUCAGUGUGCAAAGCCGAUGGCUGUCUUUAUGUGUUGUCAGUGUGCAAAGCCCAGGGCUGUCUUUAUGUGUUGUCAGUGUGCAAAGCCAAGGGCUGUCUUUAUAUGUUGUCAGUGUGCAAAGCCAAAAGCUGUCUUUAUGUUUUGUCACUGUGCAAAGCCAAGGGCUGUCUGUAUGUGUUGUCAGUGUGCAAAACCCAAGGUCUGUCUUUAUGUGUUGUCAGUGUGCAAAGCCAAGGGCUGUCUUUAUGUUUGUCAGUGUGCAAAGCCGAGGGCUGUCUUUAUGUGUUGUCAGUGUGCAAAGCCAAGGGCUGUCUUUAUGUGUUGUCAGUGUGCAAAGCCAAGGGCUGUCUUUAUGUGUUGUCAGUGUGCAGAGCCAAGGGCUGUCUUUAUGUGUUGUCAGUGUGCAAAGCCAAGGGCUGUCUUUAUGUGUUGUCAGUGUGUUGUCAGAUGGGACACUGCUUAUCUUAUGUAAUAUUAAGGAGACAGUCAUUACAUCUGUCAGACAGUCUUAUUUCCUGUCUCACAUAUAAACCACAUCUGGAGUUGGUGCAAACAAUGGCAUAGACAACAUUGCACUGUCAGUCAGUUUUAUUUCCUGUCUCACCUAUACAUGACAUCUGGAGUGGGUGCAAACAAUGGCAUAGACAACAUUGCACUGUCAGUCAGUCUUAUUUCCUGUCUCACCUAUACAUGACAUCUGGAUUGGGUGCAAACAAUGGCAUAGACAACAUUGCACUGUCAGUCAGUCUUAUUUCCUGUCUCACAUAUACAUGACAUCAGGAGUGGGUGCAAACAAUGACGUAGACAACAGUGCAGCUUUUUUGGUUUCUUUCCCUUUUUCUAACUUGAUUGCAGUUGGUCCCCCUUAUAUAAUGUUUCCCCUUUCUAUUCUCAUGGCCCUGAUAAGAGUGACUAAAUGCAUAUUAAUCUAUUUUGUAAAUAUGUCUCUUCUGUAUGUUGCUGUUACUGUAAGUUAAACAAUCAUCAGAGACAUAAUGCACUCAACAGUAUCAUCAGAGAAAGAACACACUCAGUGGUUUGAUCAGAGACAGAACACACUCAGUGGUUUGAUCAGAGACAGAAACAAAAGGAAUGGCAAAGCAAAUUGUUAGUUUAAAAGUUUAAAAUAAUUGUACUAAUUCUUUUGAUCACUUCUAGGCAUAAAGAACUGAUCCCAGUUUUGACCUACCUCAGUCAACAACAUGAAAGUGUGCCUGUGAACGGGCCAAUCACAAUGUGGUAUGGCUGGAUGCUCUAUCCACUAGUAGUCUAUUCACUGGUCACCUGGAUCACACAGCGGCUGGCAUCCUACCAGUUUCUUGUCUACCUUUGUGCCUGCGUGAUGGCCGUUGUACAACUGAAUGGCAUCUCACAUCGUAUGAACCACGUUUGCAGGUAUGAACCACGUUUGCAGGUAUGGACCACAUUUGCAGGUAUGGUUUACAUUUGCAGGUAUGGACCAAAUUUGCAGGUAUGGACCACAUUUGCAGGUAUGGACCACAUUUGCAGGUAUGGACCACAUUUGCAGGUAGGAACCACAUUUGCAGGUAUGACCACAUUUGCAGGUAUGGACCACAUUUGCAGGUAUGGACCACAUUUGCAGGUAUGGACCACAUUUGCAGGUAUGGACCACAUUUGCAGGUAUGGACCACAUUUGCAGGUAUGGACCACAUUUGCAGGUAUGGACCACAUUUGCAGGUAUGGACCACAUUUGCAGGUAUGGACCACAUUUGCAGGUAGGCUUAAAAGGGAUGACUAUGACUAAUUCUCUUUGUUUUAAUGAACUUGAAGGUGACAUGAACACCAUUUAAAUGUUAUGACACCCUCAGUCAGUGGUUCUUUAUGACACCCUCCGUCGGUGGUUCUUUAAUGACACCAUCAGUCAGUAGCUCUUUAUGACACCCUCAGUCAUUGUUUCUUUAUGACACCCUCAUCAGACAGAGAGUGAUUGUUGUCAUUAAGUAAGACUUAUGAGUAGACAGACAUCAGACAGAGAUAAUGGAACAAGAAAAGAUAGAACAUGUGAUCUAAUUUUUUAAAAAAAGCUGCAAUUAAUUAAAAAUACAGACAACAUUAAUAAUUAGACGAACUUUUUGUAGAUUCUUUAAAGCCGAAAUGAAAAAAAUUUGUCAAGUUUGCCUAAUCUGACCUUUCAAAUAUCAUUAACUGUUUGUUGGAGGUUUUUGAAGAAGAUCGAAUGCUAUGACAGUAAAGAUUGUGAAUUGAUUGAAUGCAAUGACAGUAAAGAUUGUGAAUUGAUUGAAUGUAAUGACAGUAUACCUGUAUUAAAGAUUGUGAAUUGAUUGAAUGCAAUAACAGUAGACCUGUAUUAAAGAUUGUGAAUUGAUUGAAUGCAAUGACAGCAGACCUGUAUUAAAGAUUGUGAAUUGAUUGAAUGCAAUGACAGCAGACCUGUAUUAAAGAUUGUGAAUUGAUUGAAUGCAAUGACAGCAGACCUGUAUUAAAGAUUGUGAAUUGAUUGAAUGCAAUGACAGCAGACCUGUAUUAAAGAUUGUGAAUUGAUUGAAUGCAAUGACAGCAGACCUGUAUUAAAGAUUGUGAAAUCUCUCUGGCUUGUCAGAAAUUGGUUAACAGCAAACGGGGGGGUGGGUGUUAACUUUUGCCUCUAUUGUGUCUUUACUUUCAUGACCCGGGCCCCUUGUUGAAUGUCCAGCACUCGAUCAUGACCCGGGCCUCUUGUUGAAUGUCCAGCACUCGAUCAUGACCCGGGCCCCUUGUUGAAUGUCCAGCACUCGAUCAGAUGGUCUUUGGGCUGUCAUCCAAUGUGCUUCAACUUCAAGCAUAUAAAUAGUUCCAGAUUUAUGAAUGUAGGGAGUUAAGAGUUGUUCAGAGUUUCUUUAAACCAGACUUGUAGAGAAAUCUGGCAGCUCUUGACAAACUCCAGCUGUGGCACCAAAGAAAACUGUGCAGGGAGGGAGGGAGGGAGGGAGUUACCAGGUGGGUUAACUCAAACUCUUUAGACUCCAGGGAGGGAGGGAGUUACCACGUGGGUUAACUCAAACUCUUUAGACUCCAGGGAGGGAGGGAGUUACCACGUGGGUUAACUCAAACUCUUUAGACUCCAGGGAGGUAGUUAGUUACCACGUGGGUUAACUCAAACUCUUUAGACUCCAGGGAGGUAGUUAGUUACCACGUGGGUUAACUCAAACUCUUUAGACUCCAGGGAGGGAGGGGGGGGGGCAUUGCGGAUGAGUUAAAUACUUUCAUAAGCCGUGGUGGGACAGAAUAAGGUUUAGAACUGCCUCAUUUUUAAGUUAUCGACUUUAAUUAAAUUGUUAUAGAUUUUAAAUCUUUUAAAAUACUUUAUAAUUAUCUGGUGUUGCCUGUGUUUACUUGUCUCAAGUCUUGACGUGUAUUUGAUCAUUUGGUGUUUGACUAACAUUUUAAAAAUGUCUGUUUUAUUAAUCACGCCAUACAACUGCUAAUUUGCCAAUAGUUGAAACGCACACUUGAUGCUCUAAUUCAUUCAUUUAGCGAAAGCAAUGUUUUAAAAAUAUAAUUAACUUUGUAAACCUCUGACUGUGUCUUUCAUCUUAUUAUCAUUGAAAUAUGUGAGCAGUGGUUUAAAGAGAAACAUAUCAAUGCAGCUAAUCAUAAAUCAGAAUUAACUUUCCUAAAAUGCAUUUCACAGAUGGCCUAAUCCUAUAUAUGCUGGAUUUUUUGCUGCUGGCAUUAUACAUACUAGCUUCUGUUAUUAUUGGUUGAUUUUUCCAUGUAUCCUUUGCUUAACUCGUUUUUAACAGUUUUUUCUUGUUUUUGCUUUUUGGAAAUAGAACACAUGUAACCAAACAAAUUUUAAAAUAAUUUUUUGACCAGCUUUAUUGGUAAGUAUAUGCCGAGAACUGCGUUCAAGGUGUGUGAAGUAAAUAAAUAAUUGUGGAGCAAGAUAUGAUAAUAUAUGGGGGACUAUGUUGAAGGCGAGGGAAGUAAGUAAAUAAAUAAUGAAACAAAAUAUGUUUAGGCUUGAAGUAAGACAGGACAAUUAAACAGACAAGAUGCCUUCUUCAGCAGACAAUGCAAUACUAAACAAAGAUACAUUUAAAAAAAAUAGACCUUAUGUUUUAGGAGAUGUCAAUAAUGUCAACAUGGCAUUUAUUAAAAUGGUGAAAGGCUUAAAGUUGUGCUGCUCAAAGUUUAAAUUUUUUCUUUUAAAAUUAAUUUUAACUUGGCAUUAUGACUAACGAGGGUGCUGAAGGAACCCAUGGGUGUUAAAGGCCCCGAGCGCGAGUGCCUCGCCGCCUUGGGUGCUUGCUCUCGCAAUUAGUGGGUCUCGUUUGGAUCCCCACCCCACCCUAGCCUGCCAUUGCAUUUGGAAUUAUUUGACAUGAUGUCAUUGAUACAGCCAAUAUGAUGUCAUUGAUACAGCCCAUAUGAUGUCAUUGAUAUGUCCCAUAUGAUAUCCUUGAUUUGGCCCAUAUGAUGUCAUUGAUACGGCCCGUAUGAUAUCCUUGAUAUGGCCCAUAUGAUGUCAUUGAUAUGGCCCAUCUGUGCACCCACAUACAAACUCAGAUAAAAUGAGAUUCCCAAUAACUGCGCUAAAUGAGAUUCUUUUUUUGCAAUAUUUUCUCUUGUUUUUUUCUGAAAUAGUUGGUGAAAUUAAUCUGCUGUGUAAAAGUGGGUGUGUCAAUAUAGUUCAUGGGGGUGGGGGUGAAACCAUUUUUCAUUGGGGGGGGGGGGGUUGGGGGGUUGUUAGAGUACUAAUUGGAGUGCAUUAUUCCAGUCCCACCCCCAUUGCUCAAUAUUACAUUUUAUAUAGGAUUUGAACAGGUGUGUAUUAUUAGUAGGCAACAAUGAAUGAGCUCCUUGACGGUUCUAAAUCGAUAUCUCUUACCUUUGCUCCAUGGGCCAUUAAGUUUUCAUUGUUCAUUUAAUAAUGCUGUACGCAUUAAGUUAUGAGAUUAUCAUGAGCAUAUUCAACAUUUAUAUUGAUUUUAUUUAUAGAAUUGUUUUACACAUACACACACAGCACACACACACACCACACACACACACACACUCUGUUUUUUUUGGCAUUGAAAAGAUCUGUUUGAAUCAUGUCCUUGACACUAUGACAGAUCUCAUUGACAUCUGGUGGAUCUGCUUGUUGUCUGUCACGAUAUGUCCGCUGUUGCAUGUCAUCUUCUGGAUUCUCAUCAGAAAGGAAGCAGGUCAGUAGGGUUAAUCAUUUCAGGUCAUUAGGGUUAAUCAUAGCAGGUCAGUAGGGUUAAUCAUUUCAGGUCAUUAGGGUUAAUCAUAGCAGGUCAGUAGGGUUAAUCAUUUCAGGUCAGUAGAGUUAAUCAUAGCAAGUCAGUAGGGUUAAUCAUUUCAGGUCAGUAGAGUUAAUCAUAGCAAGUCAGUAGGGUUAAUCAUUUCAGGUCAUUAGGGUUAAUCAUAGCAGGUCAGUAGGGUUAAUCAUUUCAGGCCAGUAAAGUUAAUCAUAGCAGGUCAGUAGGGUUAAUCAUUUCAGGUCAUUAGGGUUAAUCAUAGCAGGUCAGUAGGGUUAAUCAUUUCAGGUCAUUAGGGUUAAUCAUAGCAGGUCAGUAGGGUUAAUCAUAAGAGAAUGCACACAUUCAAAUCUCCCUAUUGCAACGGUUCUCAACCUGUGGGUCAUGACCCCUUUGGGGGUCGCACGACCCUUUCAAAGGGGUCACCUAAGACCAUCUGAAAACACAUAUACUCCACAGUUAUAAAGUAUUAACGAAAAUAAUUUUUUGUUAGGGGUCGCCACAACAUGAGGAAAUGUAUUAAAGGGUCGCGGCAUUAGAAAGGUUGACAACCACUGCCCUAUUGUAAGACAUUCCUGUUAGUUGGCUAUAACAUACUAUAUAUAGGUUGCCAUUCAUGAAUUUAGCCUAGAUAUUAAAUGGCAAUUAUAAGAAUUUUGUUUCUGGCCUAGAUGUUAAAUGGCAAUUGCAAGGAUGUAUUCUCUAGCCUAGAUGUUAAAUGGCCAUGGCAAGGAUGUAUUUUCUGGCCUAGAUGUUAAAUGGCCAUUGUAAUGAUGUAUGUUCUGGCUUAGAUGUUAAAUGGCCAUACAAAGAUGUAUUUUCUGGCCUAGAUGUUAAAUGGCCAUUACAAUGAUGUAUGUUCUGGCCUAGAUGUUAAAUGGCCAUGGCAAUGAUGUAUUUUCUGGCCUAGAUGUUAAAUAGCCAUUACAAGGAUGUAUUUUCUGGCCUAGAUGUUAAAUGGCCAUUAUAAUGAUGUAUGUUCUGGCCUAGAUGUUAAAUGGCCAUUACAAGGAUGUAUUCUCUGGCCUAGAUGUUAAAUGACCAUGGUAAGGAUGUAUUCUCUGGCCUAGAUGUUAAAUGGCCAUGGUAAGGAUGUGUUCUCUGGCCUAGAUGUUAAAUGGCCAUGGUAAGGAUGUAUUCUCUGGCCUAGAUGUUAUAUGGCCAUUGUAAUGAUGUAUCCUCUGGCCUAGAUGUUAAAUGGCCAUUGUAAGGAUGUAUUCUCUGGCCUAGAUGUUAAAUGGCCAUGGUAAGGAUGUAUUCUCUGGCCUAGAUGUUAAAUGGCCAUGGUAAGGAUGUAUUCUCUGGCCUAGAUGUUAAAUGGCCAUGGUAAGGAUGUAUUCACUGGCCUAGAUGUUAAAUGGCCAUUGUAAUGAUGUAUCCUCUGGCCUAGAUGUUAAAUGGCCAUUACAAUGAUGUAUUCUCUGGCCUAGAUGUUAAAUGGCCAUGGUAAUGAUGUAUCCUCUGGCCUAGAUGUUAAAUGGCCAUUGUAAUGAUGUAUCCUCUGGCCUAGAUGUUAAAUGGCCAUGGUAAGGAUGUAUUCUCUGGCCUAGAUGUUAAAUGGCCAUGGUAAGGAUGUAUUCUCUGGCCUAGAUGUUAAAUGGCCAUGGUAAGGAUGUAUUCUCUGGCCUAGAUGUUAAAUGGCCAUGGUAAGGAUGUAUUCUCUGGCCUAGAUGUUAAAUGGCCAUGGUAAGGAUGUAUUCUCUGGCCUAGAUGUUAAAUGGCCAUGGUAAGGAUAUAUUCUCUGGCCUAGAUGUUAAAUGGUCAUUGUAAUGAUGUAUCCUCUGGCCUAGAUGUUAAAUGGCCAUUGUAAUGAUGUAUCCUCUGGCCUAGAUGUUAAAUGGCCAUUGUAGUGAUGUAUCCUCUGGCCUAGAUGUUAAAUGGCCAUGGUAAGGAUGUAUUCUCUGGCCUUGAUGUUAAAUGGCCAUGGCAAUGAUGUAUUCUCUGGCCUAGAUGUUAAAUGGCCAUUGUAAUGACGUAUUCUCUGGCCUAGAUGUCAAAUGGCCAUUACAAUGAUGUAUCCCCUGGCUUUCUCCCAUCUUCUUAGACUGGUCAACACCAUUUGUAUGUUCCAGGUGCUGUGGUGACAUCAGUCAAGGAACCUGUGUCCAGAAAACCAAUGAGGCUGGUGGAUCUUUGCAUGACCCAAAACCCACCCUUCAAUUAUUGUCCUGUUUGUGACGUGAGUGAACAGGACCCAUUUCAUGUAACAUACAGAGUUGACAGGACCCAUUUCAUGUAACAUACAGAGUUGACAGGACCCAUUUCAUGUAACAUACAGAGAGUUAACAGGACCCAUUACAUUGUGUUAAGCUUAAUAUAGAAUUGAAUAAUUUUUAUGGCUUGUCAUUUGAUGACAUUCAUGGUUGUGUGUGACAUGCUAGUUCUGUGUAUUAAGCCACGAACUGUGGUCGGCCGAUAAAAAACACAGUCAGGUAACAACUUCUAAUCCAAUAUUUAACCGAAAUUAUAGCCACUUCCUUUUAUUAACAAUUAAAUCAUCUUCCGGGUCAAGCUGUUUGUUGAUAACUGAACAAUAAGUACUCAGUAUUAUAUCGCUAUUCAUUGACUGUGGUUUUUUUAGCUAAAUUUUAUGAAGCUGUGGCUGGGCCUUCAGGUAAAAGUACGAGAAAUAAUAGAAAUAUUUUUGAAAGCUUUUUGGGAAGAGGAUUUAAGUGAUACUGACGAUGGUUUAAACAUUCUCCAUGACAGAAAUAACAACUUAUUAGAUCAGAACUAAUAAAUUUUAUAGUUAGACAACCCAAAUCAGUUCCAGUUCCUUUUUAAAUUUUUUAAUUGUCAAUAAUAACAUUUUUGCCUGAGAUUUUGUAUGUUGUAUACUUGGUUUUAGCUGUGGUCCCAAUUUGUUUGUUUUUUUCCAGUAAUAUAUGACCUAAAAUUGCUUUCAGAGGCUUAUUUGUAAUUGAAACCUUAGCAAACUAUACAUUUUGUGAGAGAUAAAUGAAUUGGCUACAACAUUUUUUAAAGUAUUUUAAUGGAACUAUAAAAAAAAUAAUUGAUGUUAUGAGCACUUGAAAGCAAGACAUUUUGUCAACUUUUUUUCUUGAGCACUCCAAGGUCAUGGUUACUGAACAAAAUUUUUUUUACAGGUUGGGCAAAAUAGCCAACUUUAUCCCCAGCCAUUUACCUUUCUAAAAAUAUAUAAUUAUUGGGGUCUUGUAUCAAUAUUUCUAUAUUGUUUCAUGCUAUUUCAAAAGGCAAUCAAAAAGCUCUCACAAGCUCCCACACUACAGCAUGAUUCUAUACCACAGUUCGUUGGUUAAAACAGACAUGGACUAUGAUACACAUCAUUUUGUUAAUUUAAUCUGAUAAUUUAAUGACAACUGAGAGUUGAAAGGAGAUUUAAUCAUCUGCUUAAACUUAAAUGUACAAAUGUAACGGUAUGAUUAAAUUUCACCCUUAAAAAUGAGUCACUUUAUUUCAGCUUGUGAUCAACAACAUGACGAAACAUUGUAGAUUGUGCAACCGUUGCUUCCUCUACCUGGAUCACCAUUGUCUCUUCCUACUCAAAUGUGUGGCGGCCGAGAACCAUCCCCUUUUUUUGUGGAUGCUAAUUUUAGCCAUCGUCAACAUGUUUUUUUUCGUCGUUGGCUGCGUAUUGUACACUCUCAUCAUCUGUCCCCACACGGCCUGGACUGAAAUCUUGUGGCAGCUCUUCCACCAACAAGCUUGGCCGUUAUCCCUAUGCAUUGUGAACAUUAUUUUUAUCUUCUGGUGCGUCGGUCUUCUUUACUCACAGUAUACCACGGUCACAAGAGGAUGCACCUCUUACGUCAGCAGCUUUGAAGCCAGAAAUUUUCCAUUAACCAGGAGGCAAGCGAUGACAAAUUUCAUACAUUUCUUACUUAAAAUGCCCAUGCCGCAUCGAAACCCACAUUCAUUGAUUCAUAGUUCUGAGAUGGCCAUCUUUACCUAAAAUGAAGCUUAUCUACACUGGUACGUUAUAAAAAGAAAUUUUAAGUGCAUGCCAUCAAAACUCAGUGGACUCAACAUCAUAAAAUGUAAUGACUUUUUAAAAAUGUUUGGAAGUUGAUAAUUUGCGGGUACAAUUAAGCCAGUAGGAAAAUUACUCUAGAACAUUUUCUGGUUUUUGAUGUGUCCCAUAACAUUUAAUUAGGGUGACAAAAAUAAUAAUAAAGGAAUAUAGUAAAAUUUAAACUUUCAAUGUGUAUGCCGCAUAUUAAAAUAAAAUGUGCAAUUUUUAUAGCUGUCAUUGUCAGAACACUUCCACAUUUUCUACCAACCAGUGCAUAUGACCACAUUUACUAUACCCAUAGCUGUCACUAUCACAUUUACUACCAGCCAAUGCAGUUGCUACAUGAUUCAUUUUCUCUUUUUGAUAUAUUUUUAUCAUCUAUAUUUUUGUCUACUGGUUUCUCUGCUGACAAAUAUGCAGUUUUUAUGUAGCUCAAAGACUGUGUGCGUUUUGAGUUAGUUAAUUUUAAAAAGAUAAUGGUCAUGUUGACUUACGAUAAGUUUCUGAGAAAUUGUUUGAAUAAAAUAGAGUAGGGUUAAACCUGAAAAUAAUAAAUAUCACUUAGCUUGGAUGUAGUAUCCGUGGGCAGCAAAAGAUAAUGCAUUUCUUUUGCUGCCCACGGAUACUACGUCCAAACUAAGUGGUAUUUCUUAUUUUUAUACCGUUUUUUCUGUUCUUUUGUUCGCUCACGACGGCUUUCUGCCGACACGUUCGUUGUUUUGUUGCAUUUCUUUUUUCAGGUUUAACCCUUCUCUGUUUUAUUCAUUCUACAUUGUGCUAACCUGAUUGCAGUCUCUCCCCUUAUUACCCUGAGAAAUUGUUUCUCAUAUUUUUAAGAUCACAGGUAUUUUUUAAAAACUUUAUUGUACCAAUUACCCGCACAUUGAAUGGUAAAUAUACAUUUAUUUUUGUUGAAAGUGUAAAUUCCAAUAGUUUCAAAAAUGUUAUUCCAAAUUUAAAAGGAGCGCUGACAUUUAUGUACAAUAGAUAAUUAGUUACAUUACACGAAGAGACCAAAAUUUUAGUCGAUUUUUAGGUCCAUGUCAAACAUUUACCGCUAUUAGGAAAAGAGAAAAACAAAAUAGGUCUAACCUGAAAAUAGGAACGCAACAAAACAGGAGGAGGGGUUGUUUUGGCAUUGGUAUGUGUGAGCAAUAAGAAUUGGCAUUCUUAUAAAGCGCAUGACUUGAAUGAAUGUUUUGUCAACUUUUGAGCCCCAGCCUCCAUUGCUUGAUAUUACUUACUUUGAC